GGUUGUUGAGUUUAUGGUUGGCACUUUCAAACGGGAGUGCAACGGCUGCGAAUGGGUUUGCAUGUUUGUAAUUGGGCUUGUAGACAUAAUUGAGAACGUCAUCAGUAGCGAUGGACAAAUUAAUUACCGGCGUACUUAUCAGUGAUCAUCCUGAAAGUAUUAAGAUUUUGCUUCUGAGAAAGCUGCGGGAUCAUGUGGGUAAAAUCGAUAAUACAGAUUGUCUCAAAGAUGCUGUAAUAAUUUGUAUAACAUACAUUCAUGAAAAUCCUGGGAUUUCUAAUUCGUUUUUUAAUGAGGUAUAUGGUCUUCUAGUUUCGAUCGAAGCCCACCUUUCAGAUGAGUCUAUAGCCUAUGUUUCUCAAAAGGUUACAGAUUCGUUUGGUCAUAAUAUCCCUGAUUCACUUCCCGGAAUUUUAUCCGGUUACUUAAAAAAUAUUUUCAAGCGGCACGUUAUGGUUUGUUUCCAGUCAUUUGUAAGAGACACAAGACAGCUGAUAUCAUUAUAUGCAGGAUUUGAUACUGUUUUAAAAUACAAUCUUAUGGAUAAUGAUGAGCAAUUGUAUUUAUGUAUUCAGCAUACACUUGACAAUUUAUUAACUCAUGAAUCGGGUGCAUAUGAUAUCCCUGACGAAACUUACCUUGAUCUAGUGUCUAGAAUGUUUCAAAUAUUACUUGGUCUUUGCUCACAAGUAUUUCUGGAAAAUAUUUCAUGUAAUUCACUAGAAGCUGAACUUGCUCAGUGCAUCUCACGUUCAAUUAUCAAGUUUGCAGCACAGCCUAAGCUUUCAGUCUCUUCCAAACUUAACACUUGUGUGCUUUCAGAACAUGUUAAUUCCCUCGUACAAGAUGUGCUUGUGGAUACUAAUAACACUUACCAUUAUAUUUCGGUUUCUUCCAUUUUGUCUGAACUCCAAAAUUUCUGCCCUGAUAAUGCAGUAUUAUCAGAAACCAUUUGCGGGUUUAUUGAUCAACUCAGUCAGCGUCACAUCAACACCAUUGAGUCUUGCUUUGCAGUAUUGCGCCGUUUGACUGCUUGGCUCACUUGGCCUGAGAUUACUACACAUCGAUCUGCACUGGAUAUUUGGCUCAUUGGAUUCCAGUGUGAAAUGUUCAGAAGAUUUUCUCCAAAGAGUUCACAGUUUUCUGUCAAUUUUUGGUCAGAAUUCAUUAAUUGGCAACUGAAAUUCCUUCUGGAACUUAUGAAUCGAUCACAGCUUCCACAUGAGUCGACCAUAAAUGUCUUGGCAUUUCUCAUCCUUUGUGAAGAAGGCAGGCGUGAUAGAUGUGUUUAUGAUACUGUUUCUCAGCUGGCACCAGUUUUGAAUAAACUUAUUAGCAUGCAUGCUUCUGAUCGUCUAAAUGAAACCUACAGAGAUAUCUUACUCCGACUUUAUGCUGUUUCAAGACUGCUGAAUGUUAUGGUUACUUCAGAAAGUCAUCUGUCUAAAGCAUCUGCUGUCAACAGAAAAUUUCUUACUGACCUAUUGGGAAAAUUUCAUAGUAACUUCAAAGAUGAUGAUGUUGAUGUAUGGGAUUCACGUUCGAAUAUAUAUAAACUAGAAGUACUGACUAAGUUUGCAUCUCAAGCUGGCAUUCGUAUUAGAAAGAUUUGGGAACGUUGGGAUUUAACUUCAAGUGUUCAGCUGACAAACACAUAUCCAAGCAUUUCACAGAAAGCCAGUCGUUCCGUUACCGGAUAUAGCGGCUUACUGAAUGUUGGCAACACUUGCUAUGCAAAUGCAGCUUUACAAUUACUUUAUCACUGUUCAGAGUUUCGUCGUGCAUUACUUGAUUUUCACCGGCCAUAUUCAUCAAGUAGUAAAAUAGUUACCUCAUGUUCUUCACUUUCAACAAAUCUAUCUUCAUAUUCACAAAAUUCAAAUGUUAACUCAUCGAAUAAUCUUAGUUUACAAGCUGCACAUUUCUGUGAUGAUGAUGAUGAUGUACGUCGAUCGGAUAAUGAACCAGUGUCAUUCAGAAAUGAAGGAAGUUUACAUGCACAUCUAUUUUCUCUCUUUCAUUCUCUUGAUACACAUCAAAUCCCAACUGUUCGCGAUUUACGAGCUGUUUUAACUGUUACCAAACCGGCACAUUUUGUCUCUGGUGAACAACAAGAUGCUGCAGAAUACUUGAACUAUCUUCUAGAUCGAUUACAUGAAGAAGAGUUACGCUGUAAAAGGCGGAAAAGUUUAACUCUAAAUACUUGUAGUGAUUCAUCCAGUUUUAUGCCUAAUGAAAGCACUACACCUUCAAUCAAUACUUGUACAGUGGAAAAUCCUCCCUUUUCAUACAAUAUAAACAAUCAGACGUGUUCAUCAUCAAAUGAAACAUCUACCAAAAAAGAAGACGAUAAAUAUUCCAGCAAUUAUGAUGAUGAUAGUGCUUCAUCGUCUGUUGUUGCACGUCUAUUUGGUGGGACAUUAUUAAGGCAUACAUCUUGUGUAGAAUGUCAGCAUGUUUCAAGUUCUCGACAAGAACAAUUUACAUGCUUGUAUGUUCCACUGACAAAACCAAAAGAAUUAUUAUUGUAUGAAGAACAGUCGGUUAAGGAGAAUUCAAGUUUUGUUAAUGAGAUUCCUGAACCGAAUGAUUCCGAUUCAACAGAUGAUCAAAUCGUUGAUCCUGGAACUGAUUUAUCCACAUUAAUACAAGCACAUUUUACACAAAUUGAACAUGUUGCCUCAUCAACUCAAUGUGAAUCAUGUGGUAAACGUACUCUACAAGCAAGAAGUCUAAAACUCCAACAACUUUCAUCUCAUGUAUUAAUAUGCUUAAAUUUAUUUCGAUAUUGUCGUGUAAAACAAACCUGUUCAAAAAUUAUGCAUCGUGUACGUAUACCAGAACGGUUAUCAGUGACAGUGUCUGCAUCAAAUACAGAAACUUCAUAUGCAUAUAAUAAUAAUAGUAAUAAUAAUACUAAUGGUAAUAAUGAUAUAUCUACAUCGAAAGAUUCAACAGGCAAAUCUACUAAAUGUCAUUCAAGGACAUACAGUCUUCAAGCAAUGAUUGUACACAGUGGUGUCUCUAUUAGUUGUGGGCAUUACACAUGUGUCGCUAAAGUUGGCAUGCAAUGGAUACUAUUCGAUGAUGAUAAUGCUGGGUAUACAACGCUAGAAGAUGUUUAUUCUGAGCCUCUGGCUACACCCUAUCUACUAUUGUAUAGUCAAGUUUCUUGAUUGAUAAAAGAGUUGUUUGUUUUUGUUUACUUUGUCCUCUUUCAGUUUUGUUUUUAUUGCUUUUCUUUUUUUCGGAGGGUGUCGCGGUUGGUGUUCCACUGUAAUUCUCAUUUCGUUUAGUUUGUAUACACACUUGUUUCUUUGGACCCACUGUUUUCAAAGUAUUUCCAGUCGGUCAGUAUAUUAAGAAAUGUUCUUCGAUUCUUGUGUAUUUUCUCUCUCUCGUAUAUGUAUGCAGUAAGUUUUUAGAAACCGUUAGAUGGCAGAAAAGUGAUGAAUACAUACUUAACUUGAAGAAAUUUGGUUUUCAUUGUAC